AUGGCCAAGCGUCCAGCCGCUGCCACAUGUGGAAGCAAGCGACAGCGAACCAGGCUGGACGACAAGCCAGCAGCCUCGAGCAUCUCCAGUGACAAGCUUCUUCUUAGCUUCGAAUGCCGCCGCGGUGCAGCCGUGGACCCAUCGCUUGAACCGGAGGAGUUGGUGGCGAGGUUGCUUGCGCCCUUGUCGCGAGAAGAGUUCCUGAAGCACUGCUGGGCCGAGAAGGCCGUGGCUGUGCAUGGUCACCCGCGCCGUUUGGCACCCAUUGCGGCUCGCUUGUCGGACUUGGACCUGGAGGCCAUGUUGCAAGAGAGCCCGAGUGAUGUGGUACAUGCCUGGCUCAGGGAUGGUCAGACCGCAAGCAGCUCUUCGAGCUCCGCGCGCGGCGUCCGCAGCGUCGGCGUGGAUGCUGCGGCCGCCCUGGGCCUCCGCGCGGCCCGAGCGGCGCUCUACUUCCGCGCCAACGAAGAUUUGGAGAACCUGCUGGUCUCUCGAAUUUGCAGCGGCCUCGGCGCGGGCGCGGCCGGAAUGUAUCCAGGUGAUGGCCGGCCCCGCGGUGAGAUCGAAACCUUUGUCGCUUCGGAGGGCCACGUGACUGGGUGGCACACUGACUUCCAGCACAACUUCACCUUCCAGCUGAGGGGAGCCAAGCGCUGGCGCUUCAAAGCGGGGCCUGUGAAGAACAACGUCCGUGCCUUGACGCCGCACUUCCAGACGCGUUCCAACUUCGAGCAGCAGAUGAAGCUCCACCUGCUGAGCGAUCCGACCCAAGCGGAUUACCGGCCGCCGGACGAAUUCUUUGCAGAUGCAGAAGAAGUGGAGCUGCAUGAAGGGGCGGUGCUGUAUCAUCCCGCUGGGAUUUGGCAUCACGUCGAAUGCUUGGGCGAAGAGAGCAUCUCCAUUAAUGUGUCCCUCUCCUUCGCCACCUGGGCUGAUUUGGUUGGCGACGCCAUGCAUCAGCUUUUCUGGGCUUCGGCCACUUUGCGACAGCCUCUGGUCGGCUUGGACCGCAUGGAUCCAGCACGUCGGCGCCAAGAGGUGAACCAGCGGCUGAAGGAAGCAAAGCGGUACCUCAGCGCGUUGACGGCUGAAGACUUGCUACCCCCAGCUAUGGUUGAACUGCCCAGGCUGCCCUCGCGCAUCCACCUCGGCAAGUCGGAGCUCGGUGCUGACCUCCACGUUGCGCAGACGAAUUCCUUCCGCUUCGGUGCGCUCAGCAGCCUCGUGGAGCUUGUGGAACCCGACUCCGACUCUGAGGAGGCCCCGUCCAAGACUGCGAAGCGCUACGCCUUGCACGUCAACUUCGGCAACGAGGACAUCGGCUCCUGGCUCCGCGUGGUGCUGGUGGCCCCGAAAGCGCUCCACCAGGCCAUGGCCUGGCUGGGGCGGCGGCAGCUCGCCGCGCGCCCGGGAGCUCAGAAAAUCGGAGAAUCGGAGGUCAAAAGGGUUUAG